AUUAGCUACUUAGCAGCUUGCUCUUUCUUCCAAGAUUUUCUGAUGGAUAAAGAUGGUCUAAAAUCAACAUGGAAGAUGCAUGACAUUAUGCAUGAUUUUGCACGGUUUUUGAUGAUCAACAAUGGAAUUGUGAUUGAGGUCAACCCAGAAGGCAAUUCAACAAUGGAUUUGCCUUCAAGAAAAGCUCGUUAUUUGACAGCAUGUAUACCAGAAGGGCAAUGUCUUCCUACUUCCAUUUAUGGUGCUGAAAAGUUGCGCAGCCUUAUGAUCAUUUCUGGGGAGAAUGCAAUAAUCAAUGAGGCUGUGCGAAUCAUUUUUAAUCGAGCAAAACAGCUAAGGUUGGUGGAUUUUGGUUGCCAUAAUAUUGAAAAUCCUGCAUGUGGGUUCAACACAAGGUUUGCAUCCAACCUAAAACCAAUUGGCAAUAGGUGGAGUAGCCCUCCUUGUGGAGUAGCCCUCCUUGUAUUUAACCCACAAGCUUAUUAUUUUUAUACUCGAUGUGGAUUUUCCCACUUAACACAUAAUGCAUCAAUGGAUACAAUUCCAAAAGAAAUAGGGAAUUUGAUCCAUUUGAGGCACAUUAACUUGAACGAAAGUAAAAUAAAAGGAUUGCCCAGAUCCUUGUGUGAGUUACAUAAUCUUCGAUAUUUGAAUCUCGAAAACUGUGAAUCUCUUGAGAAUUUGCCAGAUGAGGUAGGGAAUUUGAUCAAUUUGACGCACAUUAACUGUAGUGGAAGUAAAAUAAAAGGAUUGCCUACAUCUUUGUGUAAGUUACAUAAUCUUCAAUAUUUGAACCUCGACAACUGCAAAGCUCUCGAGAAUUUACCAGAUGAGAUAGGGAAUUUGAUUGAGUUGAUACAUCUGGAGACUCUUCAUUGCUACAAGUUAGCUUGCUACCCCAAAUCAGCUAGGAGAUUAAGAAAUCUUAGGCAAUUACGUGGGAUCGUGCUCAGAGCUGAUAGAAAUGACCCUGAGGAAUUCACUCUUGGAGACAUGGAAAACUUGAACCAACUUUGUGAACUUUUCGUGGUACUGAAAGGAAAUGCAGUAGAUGAUAGAGAGCUUAAAAGAGCCAAAUUUGAAAAAAAGAUAUAUUUAAAGGAAAUCAAGGUGGAGUGACAAGGUAUUCCUUUUUUUUGUUUUUAGUUUUUCUGUUAAGCUUUUUUAUUUUUUGGUACAUGAAAUGAUGGUAUAUGUACAUAAAUAAAUAAUUCCUUUUUUUUUCAAUUUUUUUUUUUUUCACUUGACUUAAGUUUGAACUUUAAACCAAUAAUUGGAUCAAUCUCAAAAUCUUAACCAAUUCUCUCUAAGGGUUUUGAAUACAUCUCAUGGACUAUACACUUGUACUAAGAUGAAAUGAUAUUUAAGGUUGGAUUGGAUUUCAUGUGAGGAAAAGAACUUCAAAAUCCUAUUUCAUAUUAUUACCUUUUUCCAUAAAAAAUGUUACGAUAU